UAGAGGACGCUCCACAAGUUUCCAGUGUAGCAGAAGAAAUUUGACCAAUACUGCUCACGACGCUUCAGUUUGGUUCACAGGGAAAGACAAUGUUUAAAGAUGUUAUUUAUUGGGAUGUGCGUUGGAAUGGUAUGCUCUCUGGUUUUAUGGUCUCAAAUGGGAAAUGAAAGAAAGAAACAAUCUCCACACAGCUUUUUGCUUCAGAACUUUGCAAAACUUUAUAACUCCAGCUCUUCUGCUGAUGAUGUCUCAGAAAUCAGUCCAAAAGAGUCACCAACAAGCUCAUUUUACUCUGAAUUUGGAAUCAGUUCAGAACGUUAUUCCAGUUUACAGCAGGCUCUCUACUGGGUUGGACCAGACAGUUCAUUUACAUAUGUGUCCAUGAGUACAAGUCCAGUUCACUCCACAUUCAUCAUUCAGAACCUGAAAGACAGCUAUCAAAUAGGGGAGGAGCUUCAUGUUAUGAUCCAUGCGAGAGAUUUUAACCAUAAUCCCAAACCUUAUGGAGGGGACUUCUUUCAAGCCAAGCUGUUCUCAUCCAAAAAGGCCAGUGUGUUUGGGGAUGUUAUGGACUUGCUCAAUGGCUCUUACUCUGUGUGUUUUCUUCUGCCGUGGGUGGGACAGGCACAGGUGGCUGUGCGUCUGAUCCACUCCAGUGAAGCUGUGCAGGUCCUCAAGCAUCACACAGACACUGAUUCUGACAGAGUGUCUUUCUUUGGAUACUUUGAAGGACCAGGACCAAAUGGGAUCAAGCUGAAAGAAACAGUGUUGUGUAAUGUGAAGUCAGAUAAAAAUGGAUUAGAAAGACUCAAAAAUGGAGAUUGCUGUUGUGAAUAUAAGGAUUCUCGCACUGGAGAGGAAUGGCGCUGCCAGAGACCCAAAUCCCUGCCAUGCAGCGCCCGUGUGUACCACUCUUUUGGAGAGUACAUCAACCAUGUGACUGCAAAAGAAGCAAUGUUUUUGAAUCCAAGCAACAAAGGUAUCAAUGGACAAAAAAGCACAGUCGUGAUUCUUCCUUCUAAUGGAAGUACGAGUAUUGAUGUAAGAGAGAAAUGUCGUCCUGGUUUGCACUCACCAGUUCCAACCGGCUUUUACAUGAAUGAUUUGUGGAUGUCCUUUGUGUGUAAAACUCGUCAAUUUACUACUCAAACAACAACUCAAUGCCUGAAAGACAAACACAUCUACAUGAUGGGAGACUCUACAGUGAGACAGUGGUUUGAGUUCUUGCUGAAAGCUGUACCAACUUUGAAGCGGAUGAAUCUUCAUGUUUUAUAUCAGGCAGGACCUCUUCUAGCAGUGGAUGUGGGGAACAACAUUGACUUACACUGGAGAGCUCACGGUAUUCCUCUGCGGUGUCGGAAAACUGAACUUACAAAUCUUCACUACAUCAGUAAUGAGAUUGAGGAUCUGACGGGAGGACCUCACACUGUUGUUGUAUUUCAUCUGGGGAUCCACUUCACAUCAUUUCCUUUGGAUUUCUACACCCACAGAGUGUUGAGGGUUCGAAGAGCUGUCCUGGAUUUACUACAGCGAGCACCAGAAACUACUGUUAUCGUCAAAACUGUCAACACUGGCGUUAAGGAUGUGUUUACCAGCGACUGGUAUUCUCUUCAGUUGGACAGAAUUCUGCGGUGGGCUUUUCAGGAUGUUGGUGUUUAUAUUUUGGAUGUAUGGCAAAUGACAGCCUGUCACUACAACAAAGAGAGCAUUCAUCCAGGUCGUGUCAUCAUCAAAAAUGAGAUGGACAUUUUACUUUCUUUUAUUUGCCCUGAAUAA